AUGGAUCCCCUCAUCGCAGUUGUCGGUGCAACGGGCACAGGCAAGUCCAAGCUCGCGGUGGACUUGGCCUCCCGGUUCAACGGGGAAAUCAUCAAUGGCGACGCGAUGCAGAUGUACCGUGGUCUUCCGAUCAUUACGAAUCAGAUCCCCGUUGACGAGCGAAAUGGCAUCCCACACCACCUGCUGAGCUGCGUCGAUCUGGAUGAGGAAGCCUGGCGCAUUGGCAAAUUCAAGAAGGAGACACUCCGGCUCAUUGAGGAAAUCCGGGCGCGUGGGAAGACACCGGUACUUGUGGGCGGUACACAUUAUUAUACCCAAGCUGUGCUGUUCAAGGACCAACUGGUGGGCGAAGGCUCGGAGGAUGAAGACGGACCGGAGCCGUCUACGGAGCUUGUCUCGACCUCUGAGAAAUGGCCAAUUCUUGAUUCGCCGCCUGAAGUUCUCAUGGAAAAGCUCACAGAGGUUGAUCCUGUCAUGGCUCAGCGAUGGCAUCCGAAGGAUGCGCGCAAGAUUCGACGGUCGUUAGAGAUAUAUUUCCAGACUGGACGGCGUGCUUCGGAGAUCUACGCGGAGCAGCAAAUGAUGAAAAAUGAAGCGGUUAGUAAAAACGAAGGGUUAUUGCGCUUCGACAACACUUUGAUCUUUUGGGUGCACGCUGAGAAGGAGAUUCUCAAUUCGCGUUUAAAUGCGCGCGUUGGCGACAUGUUGAAGCAGGGCUUGAUGUCCGAAGCUCAGGCCAUGUCCGAUUAUCUACGAGACAAGCGCUCAGAAGGUAUCGACGUCGAUUUGACACGGGGUGUUUGGGUGUCUAUUGGAUUUAAAGAACUGGCGCCUUAUUUCGAAGCCCUCCAACAGCCCGAAAAGAGCGAGAAGGAGCUGGAGGAGUUGAGGUUGACCUGCAUCGAGUCAAUCAGGAAUGCCACUCGCCAAUACGGCAGAUCCCAAAUCAAAUGGAUCCGAAACAAGCUAUGGAAAUCUUUGUCUGAUGCAGGCAUGACGCAUCGUUUAUAUCUCUUGGACAGCAGCGACGUCGGCAACUGGAAGACAUGCAUUACUGAGCCGUCUGAAAAGCUUGUUCAAACAAUGCUGGAUGGCGAGCCUACCCCUGACCCCAAGUCCCUCUCAGAACUCGCCAAGACUGUCCUUGGUGCCAAGGAGGAGCAGACUCGUGAAAAGCCCGAGUCUACAACAAAAUGCUUCACAUGUGAGAUAUGUCGCAAAACCAUGGCCGGCGAGGAACAGUGGAAGAUCCAUUUGACCAGCUACGGACACAAGAGAGGGCUGAAAUCUGCUGCGAAGAAGGCAGAGCGCGAUGCAUACUUUCGAAAAACGGAACUGGAGUCCCAAGAGGCUCCCGAAAGCGAGGCUAGUAAAGUAUGA